AUGGAGGCUCCGAUUGCCGCGUUUGACAUCUCGGAGGCGGAUCGAGAGGAGUAUGCGGGCAAGAAGGCGAGUCUGGCGCUGCAGCGCGCGCUCAACGGGGCUGGGGCGUGGAUGGUCACGACUGUGCGGGAUCAGCGCAAAUGCGACCACGCGCUGCUGCCCGCCGAGAUGCCGGCCAGCAUCCGAGAGAAAGUCGCGAGGAUCCUGCAGGACAGAGGCGUCAAGGAGCAGGUCCCCGCUGAAGCCCCCGACCCGAAGGCGCCGUGGCACCAGCAGCUCGAGCAGCACGUGGCUCGACUGAUGCAGCAAAUGCGCGGUCAGCCGCAUCAGUUCCGGCAGAUGCUCUUGAUGGCUGCGUCGGAUCCAAGCGCCGACUGCGUCGUCACCUCCAGCUCCUCCCAAGCUUUCGUGGAUUCCCGCAGAGCUUAUCGUCGACUACGACGAGCUGCGAUGGCCUUGGGUGAGGAGAUUUAUCACUUGGUGCGAGCUUUCGUCCGUCGCAGUGAAGCCAACGGCGUUCUUCCCCAAGAAGCUCAGGCUGUGCGGUUAGCUUCACUGUAUAAACUGGAGCUACGGCGGCACGUCACGAUCAGCGCAGUGAUGGAGUGUAUUCACCAGGCAGAUAGCGAACCCUGUCACCCAUUGCUCCGCAGGAAGGUGAAGAGUGCGGGCAUCACGAGCCGCAGGCCGAGCGAUCUUGAUGUCGCACUGUCCCCUCGGGCGGCGAGUGCUCCCACUGAAGCUCCAGGUCGUGGAAGUCAGAACCAGCAAACGGCCGAGCCAGACAAGGUCAAGUCAGUACACGCCUUCAAGCUGCAGGCACUGGAACGACUUCUUGCCAAGACUUGGCAGGGCAGUCGAUCUGCAAGCAUGCGCUCGUUACAGGCGGCACCCGUCACGCCGGCAAAGCUUUCGGACGAGACCUUGACUCAAAUCCAAGAACGCGUGACCGCGUUCCUGUACCACCGAAGCCGCGAGAAUUACCCCUUGUGGAGCGAGCCUCCGCUGUCCAGGGAAGAAACCGUUAGACACUUGCGCACAUUCGUUGCGACUCUUUUGACGACGCCGCUGCUGCAGAGUCUGAGCAUCGAGCAGCUUCUAGAAGUGAGCAGAGCUGCAAGGUGGCAGAUGCUGGCCCCUGGCGACACUCUAUGCGUCCGAAACACGGAGAUUGAUUCGCUCAUCGUUGUAAUGGACGGAUCCUUGACCUCUACGACCGCUUCAGAAUCACCUUCAGGACCUAACAGUCCACCUCCAAGUGGCGGUGUUGUUAUUCCAGCUCCAGCGUGUCUAGGAGAGCUUGGCAUGGUUCGAAACGCAGAACGCUGGCCACGAACUCUCGCAGCCCAGUCGUCCGAAGGUGCUAAGGCCUUGAUACUGCCGAAGCUCACGUUUGAGGCCCUCUUGCACCGAUUCUUCAAUGUCUCAAAGGCAUUACCGCCAGCGCUUGCAGCGGUCGCAAACCUCUUACAACCGCGACGGCCGUCUUCGUCUCCAGCAGUGGUGGCGAGGCGGCUCGCACGAACUUUCCGCAAUUCUCUGUCGGCGCGACGUCCAUCCACAGCUGCGCCGACGACUGCAACUGAGAUCAACAUUGCAAGAUGGCACGAGGUUCGCGACGAAAAGCUUCGUGACUAUCGAGCAGGCGUCGAGGCCGAGCAGCGAGCUGCAGCGCUUGAGGCACUGCAACGAGCAAUGGAGGAUUUGUCGUCCGAAUGCGCUGAGAAUGAUGAUCGAGACUUCUUACAGGAUGCGUCUGCGCAGUCUCCCCAGAAAAUACCAUGGUCUCGGCACGAGUACUAUCCGAACUAUGAUCCAGAAUCAGUAGAAGAAGUACCCACCGCUCCAGAGUCAGCUACGGAUGUAGCCGAUCAACUGCGGGAAUUCUACCGAUCUCUAAACGCUCGACGAUCUGUCAUGCGAGCGCGACUUGCUUCAGCCGUACCCUCAGAUCAAAUGGUCCAACAAAGCCCUGAGCGAAAGAAAACGGAAGCCUCCCAACUCGAGUCACCGUCCAAAAACCAAGUCGAGGAUUCUCGAGCUACAGAGGCUCGCAAGUCCGCUCUGAACAUCAUGCUGACGAGGCAGUCGACAGCUACUAUGGCCCGCCACAGCAAGUUGCUAGACAAAGAUGCAGCGCAGCAAGUCCUCAUCCAGAAGCACUUCGCCGAUAGCUCAGCUGGAGGCGGACCGCUGGGAUCAGCAAGUCCUGGUCGACCUCAGUCUGGCCGACCUCAGUCCGGCCACCACUCCGAGACGUCAACAUCCGAGCCAAAUCCGAGUCACAGUCAGGCACCGCUGCCACUCCGCGCGGAUCUUCAGCGUCGAUUGGAUUCCGUGCUCAACGAUCUACUCAUGCCACCGAAAAACAAGCUGGACCUGGUGCUCAGAUACACACAAGCCGAUGAAUACGACAAGUUUCCAAUGGCGGUACAGCUCUGGGAGCGAGUUCAAACCACCGUGUCUUGGCGAGAGCGUGUCAUGAAAUCGUUGUGGGACUUCGAGAUGUUUGCAAGUGAUCCACGCCGCCACUUUCGCUCGAUCUCCACGCAUCGGCUACGCGAGGAGAAGGAGCGGGACGCACUCUUCUCGAAACUCAACCAGGCAUCCAACGCCUGUGUCGAAGCCAUGGACGAACUGUUCCGAUGCUGCGGGGACACUGUGUGCCUGGGUGAUCGGCCUUAUCGCGAUAAAAUGAAGAAGGACUACACGGAGUUGCUGUUCGAAGUGGAGCAGGAGCGGCUUCGUAUCAUCUAUGACGGUGUUCGACCUCAUGAGCACGCCGACACGGACGUUCACUCUCCUAAUCUUGAGGUCGAAGGCGAUAAUGCUGAUCCGAAUAGCACGCGCCACCGUCUAGCAACGCCUCGUGAAUCCAUCUUCGUCCCUGUCGCCUCCCUGGACAAUAAGCCAGAACCCACAGCGCCAUUUAAACCGGGGCAGCACCACAUCCGACGGGCGUCACGAGUCACAGUCCAAGUUCAGCAACAACGCCAAGCUGAACUCGAUGCACUAACCAAGCAGACAGAGGAGAAACUCAUCGAGCCAAGCAUUGCUCUAGCACCGUCAACUCAGAUCGUUCGACCCGCAGAGAAAACGUUUGUGGCCCCAGCAGCAGACGCAAUGAAGUCAGCGGCGCGAUCGAAGCAGCAACAAGAGCGAGCUUCCCUCCGCGAAUUAUUUCAGCAGUUUAUCACCCGCUCCAUUAAGUAG